ACUCCUCUCAAGGUCCAACUACUGUUGACAACAACUUCAAUUUGAGUGUCCUCGGUUUCAUAGGUCAAACCCAACCAGACUCGCUUGUCUCCGAUUCUCUUUCCUUGUUUUCUCCGACCAUCCUUAACCAUUGUUUCCCUCUCCUUCUCCGGCACUCCCCACUCGCCCACCCCAUUCAACUUCCUUAACCCUUCAGAUUCUUCACACUCUCGACGCAGAUUCCUCUGUGAUGGGUUCCAUCUCGCACGUGAUCACCAACCCCUAUCUCUCUCACCUAACCUUGAAACGCUCUUUCGGACCCCGACUCUCCCGCUCCAGUUCCCGCCUCCUCCCGCUGCCGCUGCCACCCGCCGGAGCCGCCAAGAGAGGCGGCGUGUUUGCGGUGGUUAGCAGCCCAAGCAACAGUUACGCCGGCAUCGAUUUCAGCGACCCUGAUUGGAAAAGCAAGUUCCAGGAGGACUGGGAAGCGCGUUUCAGACUUCCUCAUCUCACCGAUAUCUUCCCUGAUGCUCCUCCUAUUCCUUCCACGUUUUGUCUCAAAAUGAGAACUCCAAUUGAUAGAGACUUUCCUGGUCAUUAUUCUUACGAUGAGGAGUGGCAUGGAUACAUUAAUAACAAUGACAGAGUGCUUUUGAAGACAAUAUACUAUUCAUCACCUACAUCUGCUGGUGCUGAGUGCAUUGGUCCUGAUUGUACAUGGGUGGAACAAUGGGUUCAUCGAGCUGGGCCUCGGGAAAAGAUAUACUAUAAACCAGAAGAAGUAAAGGCAGCAAUUGUUACUUGUGGAGGGCUCUGCCCUGGUCUUAAUGAUGUCAUCAGACAGAUUGUUAUCACCCUUGAAAUAUAUGGUGUAAAAAACAUCGUGGGAAUUCCUUUUGGUUAUCGAGGAUUUUCGGACAAAGAGUUGACAGAAGUGCUGUUGUCAAGAAAAGUGGUGCAGAAUAUUCAUCUUUCUGGUGGAAGCCUAUUGGGAGUUUCACGGGGAGCACCUGGAGUCAGUGAUAUUGUGGACAGUCUGGAGGAAAGAGGGAUCAACAUGCUUUUUGUAUUGGGUGGAAAUGGUACACAUGCUGGUGCCAAUGCAAUUCACCAUGAGUGCCGCAAAAGACGGAUGAAGGUAUCUGUAAUUGGUGUGCCCAAAACUAUAGACAAUGAUAUUUUAUUGAUGGACAAAACUUUUGGUUUUGAUACUGCUGUUGAAGAAGCGCAAAGAGCAAUAAAUUCUGCAUAUAUCGAGGCACAUAGUGCAUACCAUGGAAUUGGGGUUGUGAAGUUGAUGGGCCGUAGCAGUGGAUUCAUAGCAAUGCAUGCAUCCCUGUCUAGUGGACAGGUCGACAUAUGCCUCAUUCCGGAGGUAGCUUUCAAUUUACAUGGACCUCAUGGAGUAUUGAGUCAUCUCAAGUACCUUUUAGAAACGAAGGGAUCAGCUGUAAUUUGCGUGGCAGAGGGAGCUGGACAGAAUUUACUCCAAAAGACUAAUGCUACAGAUGCAUCAGGAAAUAUUGUAUUCGGUGAUAUUGGAGUAUAUAUUCAACAAGAGACAAAAAAAUAUUUCAAGGAGAUUGGUGUUCAUGCUGAUGUGAAAUACAUUGAUCCAACGUAUAUGAUCCGUGCAAUUCGAGCAAAUGCAUCUGAUGGAAUUCUAUGCACUGUACUUGGACAAAAUGCUGUUCAUGGUGCAUUUGCAGGAUAUAGCGGCAUUACAGUAGGCUUAUGUAACACCCACUAUGCUUACUUUCCAAUCCCUGAAGUCAUAUCUCAUCCCAGGUUGGUGGAUCCAAACAGUCGAAUGUGGCAUCGUUGCUUAACUUCAACAGGUCAACCUGACUUCGACUGAUAAUUUACCCUUUUUUCCAAUAAGUUCAAGAAGCUUGGAAAUUCAGGCUUCCAAAGAGCAUGUGAAAAUGUCCGGUCAAUUUGUUGAACAGGCGUAUGUGAAAAUAAUACCAAGGAUGGCCUUUCCUCCUUAUUAAAAAAAUUGGUUAUUUGUAUAGCAUGGCAGUUUCAUGUCCUGCCAAUUGCAUUUAAAUUAAAUUUUAGAGGAAUCUCCAAGCACUUUGUGCUUGAUUUUGAUCGAUUUAUAAGUUGUAACCUUAUUUAACUGAUCUUAGGGGCCAAAUAGCCCAAAUUUAAAGAGAGUACUUUGGCUAUAAGCUGUUGUUUGAAA